UACUUACGCGCGCGCGUCACAGUGCGCCGAGGGUUUGCACUUCAGUGCUUUUCAUUGCUAUUAUUAGUUGCAUUGUGAAUGGAGAGAUUUGCUGCGUCUUUUAGUAGGAGUGGGAUAUCCUCUGAAAAACGUUUGUCCCAAUAUUUUAGCAGUCUUUCUUUCCACCACAGAUGAAGAGGAAGUUGUCCUCUCCUCGGACUGCCAUGGUUGGUGUUGAGACCGGAACAUUGAGAAUAUAAACUCUACUUUUUCAAUGUCUUCAAAACCCCAGAUCUCACAUCGAUAACACAUGAUUGGUAUCAUAAAUAUCUCACAGAGUUUGAGCAUCACCGGGAUGGAUGUUUCAGACUUGAGUAUAGGUGUAACAGUGGAAAAGAAGCCUUUCGUGCUUAUUGAAUUUACCAUUUUUUGAGAACCAGAUUCCAAGGUAAAAAUAUGUUUGUACUGUUUCAAGGAUGAAAGUGUUUCCAAAGAAAUGGCCCCUGAUACUUGCUUCUUCCAAAUAUACAUAUCUUAGUUAAACCGUUGCAACCUUGUCUAACACCUUUCUGGCAGGGAAAACCUGCUGUAGUUUUACCCCUUGAAAUUUUCACACAUGACUUUGCAUUAGCAUACAUACAUUGCAACAAGAUAAGCAAUUGCUUAUACCUAGUUGUGCCAGCUUCACCCAGAGAAGCGAGUGGUUCACAGAGUCAAAUGCUUUUUUCAGGUCAACGUAACAGAUACAGUGAUAUUUGUUUUCCUUUAUAAUGCUCAAUUAUAGUGUUUAAAAUAAAUAUGCAGUCAGCAGUUCUUCUGUUCUUUCUGAAACCAAACUGACAUUCUGCCAUUUUUCUCUGCCCACUCCAUUAGCCUUGUACUAAUAAUCGAUGUAAAGAUUUCCCCCAUGCUGUUCAGAAGAGUAAUUCCCCGAUAACACGAGGGGUCUUGUUUGGAACCACCUUUAUGUAUUGGUGUAAUAACCCCGACUGACCAGAUUUUAGGGUAAGUGCCAGAAUGGAGGAUAAGGUUCAAUAAUGUUGGGGGGAGAGAAAUAAACCAUUCAGAACUUUAUAAACAUCCCCUGAAAUACCAUCCGGGCCAGGCACUUUAUUUGAUUUCAGACGAAGAAUGGCCUGUUUGGUUUCUCGCACUAUUAUUAUUGUCAUCCAGUUCUGGGAUAUAAGGUGAUGGAGUUGCAGACUGAGGGAGAGCUACAGAGCUGUCAUUCUCUGAUGACCUGUUUAGAUUUGAGCUAGCUUAGAUUUGCAAAGUGGAACAGAAAAGCUUUGGGGUCUAUAUUGGAAAAUGGAGCCAUCUUCCCCUUUGCUCUAGAAAAACAUAUCCAGAAAAUCUUAGGAUCUGUCUUUUGAGCACUCACAAGCAUUUGGUAAUGCUGUUUAGUUGCUGCUUCUCGCUUCCUUUUAACCAUUUUUGUAGAUCCUUUUCUCCCUGAAAUAGUUUUAUCGAUUGAACUGAGAAAUGUUGUUAAGUUUUUUCUUGUACUGUUGGCAACUAUUUUUUGGGGGUUUUGCAUUCUUCAUCAAACCAGCUCUUUCUGGGAAAUCUGCUUUUAUUGGUUCUUACUCUUCUCCCCCUAGGUUUCCUUAAACUCUUGUUCAUCAAGUUUGUUAAUAGCUCUGUUAUUUGUUCUGCCCCCGCAUCACAAUCAAUAGACUUUGAAGAUAGUAAACAUUUUAGAUGAAGAACACGUGUCACUACGUCAUUCUCUUCCAAACUGCUGAUGAAAUUCUCCUUGUUCCAUGUUAGGAGAUCAGUGAGGGGGAAUUUACAUAUUAGAGAUGGCUCCAUAGAUGGCAGCACCAUUGCUGCUUUGAGCACAAAUUUGAGAGGGAAGUGGUCUUAAUAUGCUUUGCUGACCUGCAUAUUAUAUAAUAACAUAAUCUACCACACUCGAGCCUCUUGGAGUAUAACAGGUAAAUUUACCUGGGCUGUCCCCUUUAUGUCUUCCAUUUAGAAUUCUUAGACGUAAACUGAUACAAAGAUCAAUGAGUUGUCUUCCUUGUGUGUUCACUGAUAUGUCUGCAGAUUGUCGUGCACUUUCAAAAUCUUUUUUCAUAAGGAUAUCCAGUAAUGAAGCCACUGAUCUGUUUAAGUGCCCAAGAGGAAUCCGACAUGGUUGUAUACUGAGCCCUCUGCUUCACAGCAGAGUUGGAAAGAGAAUAACAAUGCGGGAAUUGAACUUCUCAAUGUGCUGCAGGUCUAAGGAAACACAUCACCACCUUAUCAGACUUUUCCCAAAGGAGGAAACUAGAAGUCAAUACAGAUAAAACCAAAAUAUGUGUCUUUGGUGGGGAUAGAAGUUCUAAUGUAUAACAAUCAUAUCCUGGAAAGUGUAGUCUGACAAGUAUCUAGCGAUAUGGUUUACAAAAAUGUGGCCAAAAUUGCACUACCGACGAUACUAGGGCUAGGGGCAUCUGCCCACACCCCCCAGCUCUAUGAAACAAUGUUGAAGCUCCCUGUCAAUCUAUGGAGGAAGGAGAGAAUACUGAAGUUCUGGAACAGAUGAUGCCCCUGCACUACUCAAAGCAGCAAAGUCCCUGUCACUGUACAAUGCUAGGUGUGGGGGAAAGUGUUGGGUUUCAAAUGUGGCUACUCUCUUGAAUACUGCCAGUUAUGCUACUCCAUUCUCAGAGUUCUGUGUUUUUGACCGAAACACGCAAAACACUUAUUAUGUGCACAUACCGUGACCAGUUUAUUCUUUUGAACAUAGCCUCAUGGACAAGGGGGAAACAAACUGAGAUAAUACAGAUUAUCGAAGAAAGAGUUUGGCACGUAGCCUUAUCUUUUGAAUAUAACCUUCAGCAGCACUCCGAGUAUCUAUGACUCCGCUUAGAGUUGGAUGCCACAGUCUGGAAAUUGAACGUGGGAGAUACCAUUAACCGAGGUCGGUCCCAGUGAGCCAAAGGCUGUGUCGCAAGUGCAAAUCGGAUUUAUUUCCUAUGCAAAUGUUCAAUGUAUGAAAACAAUCUGUAACAAGAAAUACAAGCAAUGUUUCCUGGAUAUAAGUUGCUUUCAUCAGAGCAGAAAUUCGUGUACUCACUAGGAUCUGAUGAGAUGAUGCAGUGGCAAUUUAUUCAUACCACUUUCAUAUUACAUUGUAGGUAGUUUGACUAAUAGCCUUCCUGGCUCUUAGUCAUUAAAAAAAAUAAUUAUUAUUAUUAAUGUCUGAUCUCAGUUUGUAUCAUGUGAUUUAUUUUUCGUGAU